CAGCGGCUUUGAUCUGAGUUCCUCGAAUAAAAAAAGAAUAGAAUUGACGGCCAAACCAAAGUUCCUUUAUUUAUUUGGAGAUCGCAAGGAUUUGUUAUUAUUUGGCAACCAUAAGGAUAACUUAUCUUAAGAAAUUGUUGUCAAAAAGGAAAUGAUUAAAUAUGGAAUCUUCUGAGAAAGAAAAGAAGAGAGGCUUGGACACUUCUGCAAACAGUCCCUCGCUUUGGCAAAGUACCUUCAGCAAAGAUUCUAGCAGCACUGAUGGGGUUCUAUCAAAAAAGACGAAGCUAGAACAUUCAAGCUCUGAGUCAGAUGGUGAUCUUAGUCCUAGUUGGGACUCAAACACUCCUUCUUAUGCCGCAUUCAUGGCACCUCGUGAUGAACCGCAGCAGUCUACAGAAGAUGGAGAAGCAAAUGCCUACAGUUCUUUUGCAAAGCGGCAGUUGGAAAGCAUGGGUUACAAAUCUGGAGAAGGACUUGGCAAGUACGGGCAAGGAAGACGGGAAAUUCUAGAGGCUUCAAAGCAGAAAGGAAGGCGUGGUCUUGGUUUUAGUGUCAGGGGUUUUGACGACAGCGAAGUGCUUGGAUGGACUGAGGACAAGGUGCAGAUAGUGGAGCCGAGAGAGUUUAUUCCAUCAUGCUCCUUACCUCCCCUGACAAUGAAUGAGAUGAAGACUUGGAUUGUGAUUGGUGAGAAAAAUCCCACAAUUGAAAGAGAGACACAGUUUUGUGAUGAAGAGGUUUUGAAGGACAUUCUCUCAAGCAAGAGUGUCUUUGAUGCUUUGAGUGGUGAUGAAUUUCUUCGAGCAAGAACAAGGGCUAAUCCAUAUGAACUUAUCAGAGGAGCUAUAUUCCUUAACAGGGCAGCAAUGAAAAUGGCAAAUAUGGAUUCAGCUUUUGAUUUUAUGUUUACAAGUCCAAAGAAUGAGAAAGGAGAAGAUCUUGUAAAACCAAAUGAGCUGCUUUAUUUUGCUGAUCUUUGUGCUGGCCCUGGUGGCUUCUCUGAAUAUGUUCUUUGGAGAAAAACCUGGCAUGCAAAAGGUUUUGGAUUUACUCUGAAAGGAGAUAACGACUUUAAACUAGAAAACUUUCUCGCUGGAUCUCCUGAAACCUUUCAACCACAUUAUGGAAAGGAUGACGAUGGAGAUAUUUUUAAGGAAGACAACUUGGAGGAAUUCAAAGCUUUUGUACUCAAAGAGACCGAUGGAAAAGGUGUCCACUUUGUCAUGGCAGAUGGGGGUUUCAGCGUUGAAGGGCAAGAGAAUAUUCAAGAAAUCCUUAGCAAACAGCUAUAUCUCUGUCAGUUUCUUAUGGCAAUCUUGAUUUUGAGGACAGGUGGUCACUUUUUGUGCAAAGUGUUUGAUCUCUUUACACCGUUCAGCAUUGGUCUUGUUUAUCUUAUGUAUCGAGCAUUUGAUGAAGUUUGCAUUUUCAAGCCAAUCACCAGUAGACCAGCUAAUUCCGAAAGGUAUCUUGUUUGCAAGGGCUUGCGAAGAGGUGUGACAGACAUUCAAGAUUAUAUGUUCAAUGUUAAUGUUCGGAUCAACAGACUGAAGGGGACAAGUGAAGAUAUAAUAGAAAUUGUCCCGGUGGAAGUCUUAAAAGAGGAUCUGGCAUUCUUCAAAUACAUGAGAGAAUCAAAUAAUAGUCUUGGCAGGAUCCAAACAAACUCUCUCCGAAAGCUGAAAGCAUUUGUGAAAGACACGGCUUUGAUGGGUCAUUAUGAUCAAGCAGAUAUCAGGAAGCAGUGUCUUGACCUAUGGAAGAUCCCAGACCAAGUACGCGCUUCGUCCCGCGUUCAGGACAUUGAUGCCAAGUUCUCACAGCUGUGGAAGGGGAGUGACGAUGAGACAUGCUGCUCAAGCCGGCCUACCAUCCUCACAACACAAAACCUUCAAAACAUCAAAUGCAUCUAUGACUUCAAGUGUAUUGUAUCCGGAGGAGACAGAUACUUUCUGCUCGGAACUGGCCGCACAGCAGUAUACCAAUGGGAUGGUAAACUAUCCUAUCGAUCAUCUCGAUGGCUGAAGCUGGACAAGUGUAAACUCGAACUACCAAAAGACACUGUUCUCGAGGUGGAGAUUGUUCAAGAGCUUUAUGGAGAGGGGAGAGGCCAGAGGCGAAGCACAGCUAUAUAUAUUCUUGAUGCAAUGAUGCUUGGCGGAUUAGAUGUCCGCGACAAACACUACAGUGAGAGAAUGGCUAUUGCCAAGACAUUCACAGAGGCUUUGCGCAAGCCUACUAGGCCCGACUUGGUCCCAUUAAGAAUACACCACGCCUUCCGCAUGAAUGAGCUUAGCAGUCAAGUCUUCAGCAGUGUUCAGAUGCGACUGGUCAAAGGUAGACGUGAACCUCAGGAAUGCAUGACUGCUUAUCACGAAAGAACUGCUGAGAGUGACCCCAAGAGAGAGUGUUUGUUUGUUCCAAGAGGGAUCUAUUUUAUCAAACAUAUACAAGAACCAUGGACGCAUCAUUUCAGCAAAUCUAAACAGAGACUGUAUUUCUUCAAUAAACAGAAGCAUGAAUCGAGAUUUGAAUGUCCAAAGGAAUCUAUUGCUUCAUUCAAGACAUCUCUGAUGAGUCGCUACAUGUGGCAAUGGGACAGGAGCAGUGGGCUUGAUUCAGACUCGGAGGAAGACCUUCUUGACCGCAAACACUUACAAGAAUUUAUACGUGCAACGCAUCACCACCAUGUGAAUCCAAGCUAAAUACAUUAUAGAUUAAGUUUGUGCAAUUGCAGGGUGAAAGCAGUUAUCACAACUAAUGGCACAGAGCCAUUGUCGGAAAAUGUUCUCUGGAGGGGGUUGUCUCCUAGUUUUUUUAGGGAGUAAGAUUCCUUUUCUACUUUGGGAAGGGGUGUGGGCAUGGGGGGCUGCCAUGCUGUAGUGAUACACACAUCUUGCCGACUUUGUUAGUCUGAUGUGUACAUUAUAAGUAGUUAGCACAUUUGUAGUUACUUUUGGUCCCACACAGUUGUACAUAGUUGAUCAAAAGUUCACCAUAAGUCAAAACGCUUAGAAACCUGUGUUUGAUUGUAAAUUUUGUAUAGUUGUUGGGGUGCAUUUCAUUCUGCUCACAGUCAUUGAACAUGUCUUUAAAACAUUCUAAGUUUCCAACUUACAAAGUUAGCUAGUAUUUGUGUUGAUAUUUUUAUAUAGAUAACAACAGAAGUGAAGGACAUUUUUAAGACUCAAAUUGAUAUCUUAGAUUUCAUAAAUUAUGUUGUUCACCUUACAUCCUAGUGAAUCAUAGGGAACCCAGGGUGUAGGGUUCAAGCAAUGCAGAGACAAGAAAAAUGAGGGGAAUGUGGGGGUGUUGAUUCUGCUCAACAUCUUCCCUCUACUUACAACCAAAACUCUUCUUUGCAAAUACUUGCUAUGUUUUCCGUGAAUGGUAGCUUACAGAGUCCAUUAUCACAGUUAAUAUUAACUGUGACUAUCGUAAGUGACAAGCUCAGAUACUGCCAUUGGUUAACAGAUCUUUUAUAUAAAUAUAUAUAUACUAUUUGUGUCUUGCCCUGGAUGCUUUUUAUAGCUUCUAAUGGUUAAUUUAAAUGUAAUGUGAGUAAUUUCAGAAUUCCAUUGGUAGAGUUAUUCAAUUGUAUUUUAAUUUGCCGUACCAUUGGUUCUGUAGCAUUUAUAUAUUAUAAAUUCACAAUUUACUUAUGUACUUUAAAGACUAGCAUACAGCUGGAAGCUGAUCUUAAAGAAGGUUCCAAUAUUCUCAUCAUAUAUUCUACUUUUUAAUUAUGUGGAAUAGCAGGUGUGUUAGACUGUUCAAGUGGGCUGCUGGCAAAGCAUAAUAUCAAGUAUGGAAGAUAUGUUGAAAGUGAAUAAAUCAUGAGGCAUGUUACUUUUCAAAGAUUGGCGAAAUGUCAUUUGUGGUGGACUUUUGAAGAUCAGCUGUCAUAAGAAACACAUAUUUGCAUAAUUAAAAAUGUUUAUCUCUGAUCCCAGUAA